AUGAUGGUGGAAACCAUCCUGGAGUCCUCUCAGGACUUUGGCAUGUCGAACGGAGCACUGCCGCAAUGGAAGCGCGAGCUCCUGCAGCGACGCGCAGCCGCCCGCAGUCGGCCAGCGCAGCCGCCGCCGCAGCCUCCGCCACCACCCCCGCCGCCGCCACACGACGAAGAAGACGAGGAACUUCGCUACGGACCUGGCAUUGUAAAACGCCUUCAAUCGCGCUACUUGAGCUUAGCGCUGCGGGACGCCCCGCGCCGCCGCCCCUCAGUGUUGCGACGCGCUACCUCGCUCGAACAUUUGCUGGAUGAUCGACCGCCACCUGCGCCUGCACCUCGUAAUAACUUACGGCCUCCGCGUCCUGCGUCUAUGGCAGUAGCACCAGCACCUUUGAUGCCUUCCACGCGUCGCGACUCCGUAAAACGAGCGCGCUCUGUAGACGCACUGAGUCGGUUAGAUUCACGUGAUGAGCCCCGAGCACCAUCGCCUUCACCCCCACCGCCCCUUGCGCCGCGGCCGCCUGCGCAACCUCGUACCGCGCGCCCUCCUCGCCGACCAACCCCAUUGUUACGAGAGACGGAACGGCCUCCUCCCGACGUAGUCCGCUCGACCCUCCGUAAAUUCGAAAGCGCGCCGACGCGUCGAGCUCCGCCCGCUGUCCGUAUCUCUGCGGUGCUGCGUGGUCUCGAAGGGCCACGGACUUCUACGCCUGAACCCCGCGAAUCGUCAGAUGCACCGCUCAGCCCCCGUACGCCUAGUCCACUGCCAGCGACUGAAGCCAUGUCGCCUGUGCCUGUUCCGAUCGCCAAUACUGAAGACGCAGAGAAUGCGCUGCUACCCUCGGGCUCCCGACCUGUAUCUCGCGCUGCUCUCGAUGGUAUUGCUCGCGCCGGCUCUACUGUCCGUUAUGCAUUCGAAGUACCUCGAGCAGCCUCACAUUUGCCUCCGCUAGCUGCUACCAAUCAAGUUCUAGUGGGUCGCGCACGUCGUGUAGGUGUCAUUCGUCCAAUGCCAGCCCGUGCUGCCGAUUGCGCUACUGAUGAAUCGGUCGAAGAUAUUGACGAGAAGAGCACCGAGCGUACUACUAGAUUGGUGUCACCCUCCCCUCCACCGUCUGCUGAAAGCGAACAGACUCCGCCAGGUCGCACCGAAAGACGAGAACCUCCUCCAGCAGCGCUAGUGGAACCAAUUCCACGACCACCACCUGAGUCAUUCCGCUCGUCCACGCCUCCCGCACCCUCUUCCAUUGAACGCAGUCCUAGCCCAGAAACGAAACCGAAGCAGCCAGAAACCAUCACUCGUCAAGUAACAAACGGACACUUGGAGAGCGAAGCAGUGCCAGAAAACAAAGUGACUACGUCACGUAUUGGUGCAGCUGGCAUCGAGCGAGCCUGGAGCGGGUCCGCGGAGAAAAAGAGCCCGGAGAAGGUGACGACAGGCGCAGGCGCAGCGUGGGCGCGCGGCAGCCCGGCGCAGGCGCGGCGCGGCCGCGGCCCGCCGCCAGCCUCGACCUCUGUCGUCUUCAACUUCUCCAACCGCAAGGAAGUUCCCGACUACAUCGAGAACGACGGGAUCAUCCUGCGCGCCAACAGGCGGAACCGGAUUAAGCCGGGCGAGCCGGGCGUCGUGGUGCUGCGGCCCGACGCGCUGCUGCGCUCCGACUCGGAGUCGGACCCCGAGCCGGACGCCCCGGACGGCAGCCCGCCCUCGCCCUGCAACGUGCGCUUCGUCAACGACAACGUGCUCAUCAACGGCCGCUCCUCCAUGCCCACCAGACCCAACAGAGACCGCAUCGCGAAGUUAAAACUGCAGUUUGACGACUCGCUGACGCGCACGUUCGAGUACCCUUCAGAGACGUCGCUAAGCGAGGAGGGCGCGGCGGAGGCGGCGCCGAGCGCGCCGAGUGCGCCGAGCGUGCCGAGCGCACCGAGUGCGCCGAACGCGCCGAGCACGCCCCAACUCGCGGAGCCGCCGCUGCACGCGCCGCUGGCUGCCAACACGCAUAUAACGUCGGCGGCGCUGUCCCGCUACCGGCCUCACAAGACGCGCGGCGCCGCCUUCACGCUCGGCGUCACCCCGCCCGACGCAGCGGGUGCGGCAGGCGCAGCAGAGAUGUCGGAAGUGCGAGGCGAUGCGGAGGGGGACGGGGACGGGGAGCGAGAGGGGGCGGGGGAGGGGGACGCGCGGCCGUGCGGUGCCGACAUCGCGCGCUCCUGGAGCGAGGCGCGCACGCACCACACCGACCUACUGUUCUAG